AUUGAAUUGCAUUGCAUCAGCAAAUUCCAUACCACCAUCUUGCAUUUGGGAUUGUUGAAACCCAGCGUAUCUUAUUUCGCCAUGGUUUCGAAAAAGCAAGAUGAAGAAGUGCUUUGGUGAUUCGCUAGAUUUGUAGAGUACUUGGUGUAUUACUUUGGCACACCUUAAGAUGUAUCUCAUGAAGGGGUUCAAGCACAGCUCAAGAAGUGGUCAAGAUUAUGAGUCAGUAGAAGAUCAGCGGGAUUUACGCAUUCCAGUUCAAAAUGAAGAUGCAUUCAAGCAUGGCAUUGUGUACAAAACCAAGUACAUUGGUACCCAAGAAAUUACAAGACCUUCCAGUAGGGCAGAAAUAGUCUCUGCCAUGCGAAGAAUAAGGUAUGAAUAUAAGUACAGGAAUAUCAAGAAAAGGAAGGUGAACAUGGACAUUUCAGUUGAAGGAAUAAGAGUCAAUAUUUGGAAAAAGAAAAGGAUUUUGGAUGAAGGAAAGUUUGAUUCAAGCCAACUAUUUGUGAUGUGUUAUCCAAUUAACAGAGUUUUCUAUGUAUCCCACGACUCCCAAGAUUUGCUUAUAUUCAGUUACAUUGCAAGAGGAGAGGAUGGUAUCUUUAGAUGCAGUGUCUUCAAAGCAUUCAAAAAGUCUCAGGCCAUGAAUAUUGUACGGACGAUAGGCCAGGCAUUCGAAGUGUGUCAUAAGAUCAAUGUUGAAAAGACGAAUGAAGACCAGGAACUCGAGAACAGAGAUGCUACUAAUAUUGCCACAUCUGAAGAAGGGCAAGAGACGAAUAUCGAUGACGUUGGUGAAACAGACAUUGAUGACGUAGCAGCGGUAGUUGAGCAAGGAAAAGCCGGUCAAUUGGACAACAGCGGUACCUUUGUAACUGACAUCGACAAAGCUGGCGAGGGCAUUCGUCCUACUUUGGCGAAACCUAAAGAAUUGGUUAAUGGUGAAAUCGGGUUUCCUAAAGAUGGCACCUAUUUGCAGUGGCAACAGUUCUACGUACAGCAGUUGCGCCUUCACCAAUACGAGUCAGAAGCAGCCAAGGCAGAAGUCGAAAUGCUUAAACAGCAGCUACGAAUCGAGAGCGAGACACGGCGCAACGCCCAGGCCCGUGUCGAACAGUUGUUAUCGCAAAAUCGGGAAUUAGUAAAGACCUUGCAGAAAUUGAUGCUUCAGGCUCAAAAAACGUCAGCUAAAGAUGUUUUCGAUCCAAUUGAUGAAACAUGGAUGGUGGCUCCCAUUUCGGACCCUUUUUUCCCAGGCACGAUGCCAAAUGCUACCACACCAAAUAAGGUCACCAAUGAAUGUAUUGCUGGAGUAUAUGGUAACAAACACCACCAGUCGAUGGACUUUGAUUCACCCGGAAUCGUCAGGACCCCGGUUUCAAAACCUGUUGGCAGUGCCCAGCAGCAGAGUCCGGAGAGAGCACCAGCUAGGGAAGGACAGCCUGUGGGUUCAACGGCGAAAGACAUUUGUGGAAGCUUCAGUGACUUACGGAAAGACGAAACCUCACGGAAAGGCGAGGCGUCACAGAAUGGCGAGGCGUCACAGAAAGGCGAGGCGUCACAGAAAGACGAGGCGUCACAGGAAGACGAGGCUGACAACGAUUUGGCAUCUGCUUUGUUGAAAAGUGCCGGAGAAAGAAUUGGUGGUAUUAGCAGUAGUUUUACUGAUUUGUCCAAAGUUGGGGUCAAAGAUGAGCGGGUCGAUAUGAACCACAAUGCGGAUCGAAUAACCAAGUUUGAAAAGAAUGAGCAAGGGGCCUCUCCGGAAGAGAAUGGGCCAGUGGAGGCCGGAAAUUCGGCAGCGGUCGGAAACAUCAGCAGAGAAAUGAUGGAAACAUUUUCGCUUGAACUUACUGAACUUGAAGGCGGGUUGUCUAAGGACACAGAACGAGUUAAAUUGACUCAAAGCAGCAUGACAGAUCUCUGACUGGCUCAGGGCAUUUUCGUCUUCAUUUUGUGUAUAGAUCGAAUUUAUAAGCAACAUUUUGUACGCAUUUUUAUGUCAUGGGUAGUUGUUAUUUUUAUAAGAUUUAAGUUUGUCGUUUGGUCCUUAUCUGUAUAAGACUUAGGUAUAAUUGAUUAGCUGAUUAACAUGUUUUUUUGUUUUUAAUUGCUCAUAUUAAUGUAAAGGAUAAAUUAUGUUCCUUAGGAUCACGUUAACAUUUCCCAGCUUCUAUUUCCUUUGCACUUUUGGCAAAGUCACAGCUUUCAGAAACUUGACAGUUUUUUGAUAUACCGUAAAUCCUCGAAUUGCCCCCCCCCCCUCGAACAA